GCUUCGCCCCGCGCUGUCACCCACAGUUGGACGUGUUGCUCUUGGUCCCGGUGGACGGAGUUGACAGUGACGAGCAGCGAGCCACCGGCGGACAGGUCCUGCAGCAGCGACUCACCGAGGGACCGCUCGGACUGUGUGGAUACAAUAACGCUGUCAGAAGGUUUCAAGUGUCAGCCUCGACUCGAUGUCCUGGAGUGGACAGGGACUUAGGUCAGAGGAGGAGGGAAAAACAAACCCAAACAAAGAAUUAGUCAUCUACAGCAAAUGGACACAGUGAGGGGCUCGUAAAGGACACGUUCGAAUCCACCCCGCGCGUCCUCGCCCCGGACAACCUUUGACCCCACACACACAGUCACACACACACACACACACACACACACACACAGAGUCACACAGAGUCACACACAGUCACACAGAGUCACACAGAGUCACACACAGUCACACACACAGUCACACACACACCGAGUCGCAGAGAGAUGGAGGUGACGACCGACCAGCCCCGCUGGAUGCACCACCACGCCAUGCUGAACGGACAACACCCGGACGCCCACCACCCGGGCCUGGGCCACAACUACAUGGAGCCCACGGCGCAGCUGCUGCCUCCGGACGAGGUGGAUGUUUUCUUUAACCACCUAGACUCGCAGGGGAACCCGUACUACCACAACUCCGCCCGGGCCAGAGUGUCCUACAGCCAGGCGCACGCUCGACUGGCGGGGACUCCGGUGUGUCGGCCUCAUCUCAUCCACAGCCCGGGGAUCUCCUGGCUGGACGGGGGCAAGGCCGCCCUGUCCGCCGCCCACCACCACCACCACCACAACGCCUGGGCCGUCAGUCCCUUCAGUAAACCCAGCCUGCACCACCCGGGCCCCGCGUCCCCCGGCGGCCUCUCCGCCGUCUACCCGUGCGCCUCCAACUCAAACGCGGUGUCCGCGCCGUCGCUCACGCCGCCGUCGCACGCCAGCCCGCAUCUGUACGCGUUCCCCCCGACGCCCCCGAAGGACGUGUCGCCGGACCCGGGGGCCGCGUCUCCCCGGAUGGACGAGAAGGAAUCUAUCAAGUACCAAGUGUCGCUCACGGAGGGGAUGAAGAUGGAGGGCGCCAGUCCGCUGAGGAGCAGCCACCAUCCCAUGGCGACGUAUCCCGCCUACUCCCUCCCGGCGGCACACGAGUACGGCGGCAGUCUGUUUCACCCAGGCAGCCUGCUGGGAGCAUCACCCGGCUUCAACCACAAGAACAAAGGCAAGGCCCGGUCGUGCACCGAGGGGCGUGAGUGUGUGAACUGUGGAGCCACCUCAACACCCCUGUGGAGACGUGACAGCACUGGACACUACCUGUGCAACGCCUGCGGCCUGUACCACAAGAUGAACGGCCAGAACCGACCACUCAUCAAACCCAAACGCAGACUGUCUGCUGCCAGACGAGCCGGCACCUGCUGUGCUAACUGUCAGACGACCACCACCACACUCUGGCGACGCAACGCAAAUGGUGACCCAGUGUGCAACGCCUGCGGCCUCUACUACAAACUGCAUAACGUUAACCGACCUCUGACCAUGAAAAAGGAGGGGAUACAGACACGCAACAGGAAAAUGUCCAACAAAUCCAAAAAGAGCAAGCGGUGUAGCGACAGCUACGAGGAGUUUUCCAAAAGCCUGCACGACAAGAACUCUCCAUUCAGCGCCGCCUCUCUGGCCGGACACAUGUCCAUGGGCCACUUGCCGCCUUUCAGCCAUGCUGGACACAUGCUCCCUACACCCACCCCGAUACACCCGUCAUUCGGCCACCCGCACCACUCUAACAUGGUGACAGCCAUGGGCUGAGAGGACGUAGAGAGGGGUUAGCAAAGAGUUACUUCAAGAACCUGUAAUGGUUUCAUGAUGGGGGAUGAGGGUCUCACUAGAGGACAGUGAGUGCAAUGUUUGACACAUGCAGUUUGUGCGUCUUCAUCUUGAUUGUCUCUUGAUUGGUUAUGUCGGAAAACAUGAUGUACUGUGGGAGGGAAGGACCUUUUUACUUCUUAUCUAUUGGUACCUAUUUUGAUGGAGGAGGACUCUGCCUCCUGUCAGCCAGGAACACACAAAAAUGUCAUCACACCUCAUAGAUUUCCUCCAACAGUCUCCACUGACUGUCUGAGGUGUGGUUCAGUAUGUGCCGAACAGGUUUAUAUAACUGUGAAUAUUGUAAAUGUGUUUGCCUGAGAGGGACGUCCCAGACAGAGCAAUCGCCCUCACAACAUUAAACAAAAAUAUGCUGGAUUUUUUGCUCAUGGACAAUUUUAAAAGGAAUUUUCACAACAGAAACAAGCAGACAAUAGGUCUACGGAUCCCUAAUUUGACACUGUUUAUUAUAAUUGUUGUUAUUAUAAUUAUUAUUAUUAUUGUUUAUCAGAUAAUUUAUUUUCACUGCCUUUUUUUUCUUUGGAUAUAUCACCUGAAUCAUUAUAUGGAUACUGUUAUACCAGCUAUGAAUAUAUUUUCAGCUGAAGUGCUUUCUCUGAGCUGGUCAACAUUUAUACUCGUAAGAAAUAAAGAGAUCAAGUUCAUUAUCCAAUCUGCUCUGUGGAUUCAAUAUCAGAUAUAUCCAAGUCUCUGAAAUGAGAACAGAUAACGUUGUUCACAUUGAUAAUUGUCAUGACAAAGUACGGUGCUGAAUAUGAGAAAUACAAGAGGUAUAUUCAUUACUAUUCAUUCAUUAUAUGUACAGAGACCAAUAACCUUCAUGGAGGAACUCCUGCAAGUUCAUUUAACACAAAUCAAAGAUACAGUAAUAAUGGAUUCUUUGCACGAUUAUAAUAUUUAUCAUAUGGUUAUUAUAUGUGCACCAGAUGCUCUGUAUCCUUCUGUGUCCCUGUUUUUCUCUGGAUCUUCAUAAGUUGCUCCACAACGGAUAUUAAUGUCACCAUGUGCAUAUGCACAUAUAUACAUCCAACCACUACUGAUCUGUGUUACAUUUAUUUUACACUUCUACCAUCCUGCCAGUCAGAACUAGAGAACACAGCUUGCACUUUGUUACCUUUCAAAACAGCUGAAAAUCUUGAAAAUCUGGUGGUCGGUGUUGAUAAUUAAAAAAAAUAUAAUCCUA